CUGCAACACCUUUUCUCACUUGGAAACCAAAAAAUGGCAACCACUUCACUCUCAGCUCUCAAUCUUCUUCCUCCCUCCAAAUUCUCGCCCUCUCAUUCCCACUUUUCCCCCCAAACUCCCCUCCAUAUCCCCUCCUUCCCCAAUCACAGACCCCUAAAGUCGAAAUGGCUUCGAACAAUAUCAUUUGCUCUCGCAGAAUCAUCGGAUUCUUCCAAAUCCAUUGACCGUGACCUUCAAAUUCUUCUCCAAGAGCUCGCGGAUUGUUUUGUUCUUCCCGCGGAUUAUUUUAAGCAGUUGCCGAAUGAUCUCCGUCUGGAUCUGAAUGAUGCGGCCUUUGACCUCUCAAACGGCACUGUCAAAGAUGAGUGUGGUGAAGAGGCUGGUGAGACUUUGUUAAAUAUAAGUAGAGCGUGGGAAAAUGCAGAGACGUCAGUUUCAGCAGCUUUGGUGAGCAAGCUCCCCCAGCUAGUGGGCUCUCUGACCAGUAAUAACAAGUCAGCACUUGGCAAGCGCCUGGUUUCGGCUUCUAGAAGGUUCCAGGCGAUGGGCCAGUAUGGUCAAGGUGAACUGCAAAUGAUUGCCAAAGUCAUGAACAGAGCAGGAAAGGCAUUGUCCCAAGUUCCAGUUUCCGAGGUAGCUGAUGAAGAACCAAAACAGGAAACUCGGGUUCUAAAGUUUGGCGAGCUCCAGGUCGAAUUGACUCCAGAAAAGGCGUAUACUGGUGCUGUCAUUGCCUUCUUCUUCGGGAUUCUCACGUGGCAAGUGAGUCAAGGCAUCCAACGCAUACCAGAGAGCUCGUUGGAGUAUGCAAACGACAACGCGCUGCUCCUUGCUAAGUCGCUGCGAUUGACGCUGCUGUCGAUCUUCUACUCAUCAACGUUCUUAUCUGCGUUCGCGUCUGUCGGGCUAGUCCUACUUGCAGGACAAUUGAACUGCUCAGCAGCCGACCUCCUCCCCCUCCUCGGCGGCUCCGCGGCCAACGCCACCGCCGCGGCCGCCUUCCUCUGCACCCGCUUCGACGAGGUCUCCGCCCGCCUCGACGGGGCCAAGUUCGCCAUCGACAACACGUACCUCCUCUUCUCGGCCUACUUGGUCUUCGCCAUGCAGCUCGGCUUCGCCAUGCUCUGCGCGGGCUCGGUCCGGGCCAAGAACACCAUGAACAUCAUGCUCACGAACGUUCUAGACGCCGCAGCCGGCGGCCUCAGCUACUACCUCUUUGGCUACGCCUUUGCCUUCGGUGGCCCCUCGAAUGGUUUCAUCGGAAAACACUUCUUCGGCCUCAGAGAUUUCCCCUCUCCCGCCGGGGAUUAUAGCUUCUUCUUGUAUCAAUGGGCUUUCGCCAUUGCUGCUGCAGGCAUUACUAGCGGUUCGAUUGCAGAAAGAACUCAAUUUGUGGCAUAUUUGAUAUACUCCUCAUUCCUCACUGGGUUCGUGUAUCCGGUGGUCUCACAUUGGGUCUGGUCCGGCGAUGGUUGGGCUGGCGCAGCGAAGGCGGACGGGAACUUUCUCUUCGGCUCGGGAGCCAUCGACUUUGCUGGCUCGGGUGUAGUACACAUGGUCGGUGGCAUUGCUGGUUUAUGGGGAGCGCUCAUCGAGGGACCGAGGAUCGGCCGGUUCGACCACAGUGGCCUGUCCGUCGCUCUGCGUGGUCACAGUGCAUCUUUAGUGGUGCUAGGCACCUUCCUUCUAUGGUUCGGGUGGUACGGUUUCAACCCUGGUUCGUUUCUGGCGAUAGCGAAGUCAUACGGCACUAGGGGGGCCUACUACGGCCAGUGGAGCGCGGUGGGGAGAACUGCUGUCACGACUACAUUAGCUGGAAGCACGGCUGCCCUAACCACCCUGUUCGGGAAGAGGCUCUUGGUUGGGCAUUGGAAUGUGAUUGAUGUGUGCAACGGGCUGUUGGGAGGGUUUGCUGCAAUCACCUCAGGUUGCUCUGUGGUUGAGCCGUGGGCUGCAAUUAUAUGCGGCUUCGUGGCAUCUUGGGUGCUGAUAGGGUUCAACAAGCUGGCCGAGAAGGUAAAGUAUGAUGACCCAUUGGAGGCGGCGCAGCUGCACGGUGGCUGUGGCGCAUGGGGCUUGCUAUUCACUGGGCUAUUCGCCAAGAAAGCUUUUGUAAACGAGGUUUACCCAGGGAAACCAGAUAGGCCGUACGGGCUGCUCAUGGGCGGUGGCGGGAGGCUCUUGGGCGCCCAGAUCGUCCAAAUUCUGGUGAUUAUCUUGUGGGUCACGGUGACAAUGGCACCACUGUUCUGGGUGCUCCACAAGCUGAGGUUGCUGAGGAUUUCGUCCGAUGAUGAAAUGGCCGGAAUGGAUGUCACCAGGCAUGGUGGCUUAGCCUACAUCUACCAUGACCAGGAAGAUGAAAAAACUCUGCCACACUUCAAGAUGACAAGGAUCGAACCGGGGGAAACUCCGACAGGGGAGCGUCGACAGCAGGGUGCGUAGGUCCGGUCCAGGCAUGUUCAAGAAUUCAGCAUCUACCACAACAGGAACCAAUAUUUUCAAAACGCAUUAGGAUGUCAAACAAGUCAACAAGGACUAGUGGUUAAUGGUAACAGUGUUUUUUAGUAGUAUAUGCCUAUAAUUUGAUGUUUUUGCUGUGUUUUGAUUCCAUCUAGAUAAGCUUCCAUUGUGUAACAGAGUCCUAUGUCAAGACAAUGAAUGUUUCACAUUCUAUAAGAUGGUAUAUAUUCAACCUCA